AUGAAUUCUGUGGAAGACAAAUUGCCUUCUUCGUACUACUCUGCUGUCAGUCUGAAAAAUUUUCACUCACAGCACAAGGAGCCACACCAGAUGUCUAUGGGGUCUGUUGGAGCUACUCUGCUGCUGGCACUGCUGGUCUUGCACUGGGCACUGACUCCAGCUCCAGGAUGCCCCAGCCCUGGUGAGAUCCUGCAUGGCAGCAAGGUGCUUUCUCCCGAUGUCUCAGUGGUCCGCUUUGCCUGUGACAGUGGUUUCAGGCUCUUCGGCUCCCCUCUGCUCUACUGCAAAGGGAAGAAGUGGAAUGGCACCAUGCCUGUGUGUAAAGAGUCAGACAUUAUGAGCUCGUUCCAGCUGAAGCAGACAUCCUUGAUCAAACCCAGUCUGGAGCUGAACCAGAACAGUCUGCCCAGUCUGAAGAGCCAUUUUGACACUAUUGCUAACCCAGCCACCAAAGAGACAUUUCUGAAACCCUCCCUUCUUGGGGUCCCUCAGUCCAACCCUUUCCUAACUGGAGAGGUGCCGAAGGUUCCCCAAAAACAUCCAGAAGAAAAGGCGGCUAGGAAACACUGGUCUGAUAAAGCCACUACACAAAGUAAGAGAGGGACUGUGGGACUUAAAGAGACCAGACUGCACAUUGUGAGAAAUCCAGUCCAAAUGGUAGAUCCUCAUGUCCAACCAGUACCUGCUGCUACAUCGCUGGAUACCACAACAGUCUCAACAAACAGUCUAACACCUGCUCCCUUAUUAUCAGGGCCUACAUGGUCAUCUUCUAUGCUCACUUCAACCAUAAAUGAUCAUGAAACACAAGUGUCAUUUAAACAGCUUUAUCAAAUGCUUUCUCCAUCACCCAGUGGAAAAGAAGAGAGAGAAAAGCAUUUAGCAACACCCAGGGAUCACAGAUAUUUGGUUACACUUUUGCCAGUUCUGAGUAUAUCUGGGAAAAAAGAUCUCAACAUGGUUACAGCAAAAUCUACUUCACAAGUCAACACAAGCAGUCCUGCCAUAGGCUUCAUUGCGCAUUCAUCUACAAGGAAAGUUCAGCAACAGAGGCUGAUGAAGAUUUACUCCUUAGGACAGAAGUACUGA